AUGGUUGGUUGGCAAUUACCAAUGAUAAAAUCAAAAAUUUGCAAAAUUGAUAGUGUUUCCGCUUGUGUGUGGAUGAGGGGCAUUCCUACUUCUAAACUGAGAAUUUUUUGUUGCUUUCGUUUUGCUAGUAUCAUCACUCACAAGACAAAUAAUUGGGUGAAGAGAGCAGAGAUAGAACCAUUUGAAAAACAUUGGCAAAUAAAGAAACGAUUUGUGCAGAAAAAAAACACUGUCAGAACGGUUGAGUCGUUCCACUGA